CUUCCCCAGCAGACACGCUAACUACAUGGCAGCAGAAAACCACACAGAUGUAUCAGAAUUUCUCCUCCUGGGUCUGUCACAUGAUCCCGAACUACAACCCGUUCUCUUCGGGCUAUUCCUGUCCAUGUACCUGGUCACGGUGCUCGGGAACCUGCUCAUCAUCCUGGCCGUCUCCUCUGACUCCCGCCUGCACACCCCCAUGUACUUCUUCCUCUCCAACCUGUCCUUUGUAGACAUCUGUUUCACCUCCACCACCGUCCCCAAGAUGCUGGUGAACAUCGACACACACAGCAAAGACAUCUCCUACAUGGGAUGCCUCACUCAGAUGUAUUUUUUCAUGAUAUUUGGUGGACUGGAUAAUUUCCUCCUGACCGUGAUGGCUUUUGACAGGUUCGUGGCCAUCUGCCACCCCCUGCACUACACGGUCAUCAUGAACCCCAGCCUCUGUGCCCUGCUGGUCCUGAUGUCUUGGGUCAUCAUGUCCCUGGUUGCUCUGGUUCAUGUUCUACUGAUAAUGAGGCUGACUUUCUCCUUAGAAACUGAAAUCCCACAUUUCUUCUGUGAGCUGGCUCAGGUUCUGGAGGUGGCCUCCUCUGACACCUUCAUCAAUAACAUCUGCUUGUACCUGUCGGCUGUGUUGCUGGGCGUAUUUCCCCUCACAGGGAUCCUCUACUCCUACUCUAAGAUCGUCUCCUCCUUGAUGAGGGUGUCCUCCACUGCCAACAAAUACAAAGCAUUUUCCACCUGUGGGUCUCACCUCUGUGUGGUCUGCUUGUUCUAUGGAACAGGACUUGGGGUCUACCUCAGUUCUGCUAUGACCCCUUCUUCCCAGAGCAGCGCCAUCGCCUCAGUGAUGUACACGGUGGUCACCCCCAUGCUGAACCCCUUCAUCUACAGCCUGAGAAACAAGGACGUGAAGGGGGCCCUGGGAAGACUGUUCAGCACGGCAGCCUCUUGCCUGUGAUGGACACAUCACUGGCUCAGAACUAA